GUCUUGCCUGCCCAGCUCCGGAUAGACCCGCACUCCUGCCUUGAGCGGCUCCUCGGCUUCCAAUGAGACUCCUCCCGCUUCUAGUGGGCUUUUCCACUUUGCUGAAUUGUUCCUACACACAAAAUUGCACCAAGACACCGUGUCUCCCAAAUGCCAAGUGUGAAAUCCACAGUGGUGUGGAAGCCUGCUUCUGCAGCCUGGGGUUCUCAGGGAAUGGCGUCACGAUCUGUGAAGAUAUAGAUGAGUGCAUCGAGUCCUCUGUCUGCGGUGACCAUGCUGUGUGUGAAAAUGUGAACGGAGGGUUUAACUGCUUCUGCAGGGAAGGUUACCAGACCGCCACGGGGAAGUCGCAGUUCACACCUAAUGAUGGCUCUUACUGCCAAGAUAUAGAUGAGUGCAUCGAGUCCUCUGUCUGCGGUGACCACGCUGUGUGUGAAAAUCUGAACGGAGGGUUUAACUGCUUCUGCAGGGAAGGUUACCAGACCGCCACGGGGAAGUCGCAGUUCACACCUAAUGAUGGCUCUUACUGCCAAGAAAGCAUGAAUUCAAAUUGCCACUUAGAGCCUGCCUGCAUUGCUGCAAACGUUAAUAAAACUUUAAAAAGAAUUGGACCCAUGAAAGAACAGAUGACCUUAUUCCAAGAAAUCUACUUAAAUUCUGAGGCUGAGCUCUCCCUGAUGGAUGUAAUCACAUACAUAGAGAUACUAGCAGAACCUCCUCCACUUCUAGGUCACGUGAACAACACCAUUUUAUCCACGAAUGACCAUUUCAAUUUAACUCUUACUGAAUUUGUGAAAACCAUCAAUAAUUUUGUUCAAAAUAACACACUUAAAAUUUGGGACCAAUUACCUUCAAAUCAUAGAAGACUACAUCUCACAAAACUGAUGCACGCUGCCGAGAACAUCACCUUAAAAAUCUCUCAGAACUUUCAAAAAAUUGCUCAGUUCAGUAUGAGUUCCACUGAUAUAGCUCUGAAGGUCUUUGUUUUUGAUUCAAAUCAUAUGAAGCAUGCUCAUCCCCAUAUGAAUGUGGACGAAGGCUAUGUAAAAAUAUUUCCAAAGAGAAAAGCUUCACAUGACUCAACUGGCAAUGUUGUAGUUGCAUUCCUAUGCUAUAAGAGCAUUGGCCCCUUGCUUUCUUCAUCUGAGAAAUUCUCACUGGACCCUCAAAGUGAUAAUUCUGAUGGAAAGGAAAAAGUCAUUUCUUCAGUUAUUUCUGCCUCAAUUAGCUCAAAUCCGCCCACAUUGUAUGAACUUGAAAAAAUUACAUUUACACUAAGUCAUGUAAAGCUCUCAGAGGAGUAUAGGACACAAUGUGCCUUUUGGGACUAUUCAGCCGAUGCCAUGGACAAUGGCAGCUGGUCAUCCGAAGGCUGUGAGCUGACAGACUCAAAUGCCACGCACACCUCCUGCCGCUGUAGUCAUCUGACACACUUUGCGAUCCUGAUGUCUUCCAGCACCUCCAUCGGAAUUAAAGAUUAUAAUAUUCUGACAAGGAUCACUCAGCUCGGAAUAAUUAUCUCACUGAUUUGCCUCGCCAUCUGCAUUUUCACCUUCUGGUUCUUCAGUGAAAUCCAAAGCACCAGAACCACAAUUCACAAGAACCUCUGUUGCAGCCUUUUUCUUGCAGAGCUUGUGUUUCUUGUUGGGAUCAAUAUAAAUACAAAUAAGUUGGUCUGCUCUAUCAUUGCUGGCCUGCUCCAUUACUUCUUUUUAGCUGCCUUUGCCUGGAUGUGCAUUGAAGGCGUACACCUGUAUCUCAUCGUUGUUGGAGUCAUCUACAACAAGGGUUUUUUGCACAAAAACUUCUAUAUCUUUGGCUAUCUCAGCCCAGCUGUAGUUGUUGGAUUCUCAGCAUCCUUAGGAUACAGAUAUUAUGGUACCACCAAAGUAUGUUGGCUAAGCACCGAAAACAAUUUCAUUUGGAGCUUCAUAGGACCAGCUUGUCUAAUCAUUCUUGUUAAUCUCAUAGCUUUCGGAGUUAUCAUAUACAAAGUAUUUCGCCACACUGCCGGAUUAAAACCAGAAGUGGGUUGCUGUGAGAACAUUAGGUCUUGUGCCAGAGGAGCGCUGGCCCUCCUCUUCCUCCUGGGUACCACUUGGAUCUUUGGGGUUCUCCACGUGGUUCAUGCUUCCGUGGUGACUGCUUACCUCUUCACAGUCAGCAAUGCCUUCCAAGGGAUGUUUAUUUUCUUAUUCCUAUGUGUUUUAUCUAGAAAGAUUCAAGAAGAAUAUUAUAGAUUGUUCAAAAAUGUCCCCUGUUGUUUUGGAUGUUUAAGAUAAACAAAGAGAACUCCUGAUAAUUAUAGCUGCAAUGAAAUGAAAACUCCAAGAUCCAGAUAACCCGUGCGUAAAAGAAAUCUGUCUUUUUAUUGUUAGUAAUUAAAUUCAAAUUUGUUUUUUUUUUGUUCACAGUAUAAAAGAUAUAGUUAAUAUGAGUUAAAAUUAUGGACCAGAGAGCUACACUGUGUGUUUUCCUACAUGACAUAGUUAGAUAUGUCAAAAAUACUAUUGCAGAUAUUUGGAAAAUAAUUGGUUUCUCUGGAGUGAUAUCAGUGUGCCCAAGGAAAGUUUUCUUUCUAACACAAGAAAUAUAUGAAUGUCCUCAAGGAAACCACUGGCUUGAUAUCUUUGAGACUCAUGUUGCCUUUCAAACGGGUCCCCUACCACCUUAGUAAUGAGUUCCUUUGCAGAAGGGAGAACAUAGGAGUGUUGGAGAGGCAGAAUAUAAAGCAGGGAGGAAGACGCCUCUGACAAGGAGUUGUCAUUCCAAUAAACUUGGCUUUCUCUAAACUUGAUGAGAAAAUUUCAAGAUAAAAUAGCAACAAGAACAGAAAACACAUCCUAGCAGUUUGGGAACUGGUCUGAACUUAAAAGACCCAGACCUAAAUUUGCUAUAUUCACGUUCUCAGGAGUCUAAAAGCAAACAAGGAAAAGACCCUACAAAUGACAGAUACAAAGAUGUAUGUUCUUCCACGAACAUUAGAUUUGAAAGUAGAAUGUAAAAUGUUUUUAUUCUUCAUUGAUUGAGAGUUCAAGUAUAUAGUCAGUAAAACAUAAAUUUGUCAAACUAUAAUACUGUUAAUGUCUUUAAUGCAAAGAUACAGUGUGAAGUAUUUUGUCUACAAUAUUUUACUGUUAUGAAGAUUAUCUUUUCGUAUUAGAGUGAUAUACUUGAAUACAUUAUUUUUUUAAUUUUACAAAUAGUAUAACUCAAGUGACAAGAGUUCCUUUUAACUGACUGUUUUUAAAAUGGCAUUGCAAAUUUAAAGUAUUCGUGAAGUGAAUUGUAAUUUUUUCUGAUCAGAAAAAUACACAAUUAAAGCAUUAUUUAUAACAAAGAAGUCCCUGAGUACUGUAGAAUUUCCUGGGGGAUCUAUUUUCUGACUGUUUCCUACUAUCCAUCAAAGUCUAUUUAUUUAAAAAUACAGCUUCUAUCUAUUCUCUUAUUCAAAUGAAGAAGCAGAUUUAUUUUUUUCAGAAAUGAGUCAUUGUUCUGUGAUUUGAUGCACUGAGCAUUGUGAUUUUAACCUGUGAUGCUGAGUAAAGCCUGAGGAGUCCUGUCCUAAAAAUGAACUGUCAGCUAGAUGGGGCAGUCCUGCUACUGCUUGACUGAGUUGUUCUCUCAGGAAAGACCAUCUCACCUGCCAAGGACUUUGCAUUUCUAGAGCCUGGGAGAUAAUACACUGUCAUUAAAUCUCUCUAUUAGUUCCAUGAUAAAUCUGUGACCCAAGACUGUCAUUGUCAUUCCAGAAUAGCACUGUUUAAAUGGGAUAGCAAACGCUAAUCUGUUCAGUCAAUGCACAAAAAGCUGUUCCAUAUGGUAGACAGAAUAAUCUCCUCCCACCCCCAAAUAUCCAUUCAAGGCUUUUCAGAACCUGUGGCUAUGGUGGAUGGGGA